GCUAACAUGAGGAUUGCAGUCAAUUCAAAGGUAAGCCUUUUAAUUUAUUUUCAAAUUAAGUCAAUAUUCAUAUUUAAUUAGAAAAGAACUGAUCAUUUCACCAACCUUUAUCAUUAGCAGGAAUAUACAUUUUAUUCAAUCCCAGAGGUCGUUUGCAGAUCCAUUCUUAAUUAUGCAAAAACUCUUAUAAUACAGGGGGAAGAGAAACAUUGUAAGAAGGGGAACCAAAAAAAAAAAAAACACAAAAAACCAGAUGACAGAAUCAUAUAUUUUACGCACUGACUGAAAUACACAGUGGAGAGUCCUUAAGAACUUAUUGAUGGGAAAUGAGAAAAUAAUUACCAUUCAAUCCUGACGAAGUUAACUCACCCCGGGAGAUAGAACUCAGCCUGAACAACAUCAGGCUCGUCACUUCAAACACAAGCCAAAAGAUUUCUUACCCAAUUUAAAGAAUGUUGACUUUGGAGGUUCAUAAAUGUUGCCUGAGAAAAUGCCGUUUCCACAUGCAAGGCUAGCCCUGGCAAACCUCUGGGAUCCUGUUCUGUUCACUCACAUGCUUCUGAGAUAAGGAGGCUGAAGUGCGAGCUAAAUAGAGAUGAGGCUUGGACAAGGUCAUUCCUGCCAGAGCACCAGAGACACGGAGCUCUCAAGGGCACCGCAGUAUUCAUACAUAAAAAGGUGCCGCUCGAGGACAUUUUAAAAAUAUAAAUAUUUCGAAAGGGUAAAAAUGAAGGUCCCUGAAUUAGAGGAUGUAAAAGAUGGAACUGAAGAGGAAAAAACCGGGGAAGGAGAAAGUGAAGAAGACCAGGUCUUCUUUAAGCCUAUUGUAGAAGACUUACGCAUGGAAUUGGCCAGAAAAUGCACCAAACUCAUUAGUGACAUCCAUUAUAAAGAAGCAUACAAAAAAUCUAAGGGCAAGUGUUCAUUUGUGACCGACACACCUAUGCUAAAGCACGUAAAGAAUGUUGGCGCUUUUAUUUCUGAGGCAAAAUAUAAAGGCACCAUUAAGGCAGAUCUUUCCAACUCUCUCUAUAAGCGAAUGCCGGCCACAAUCGACAGUGUUUUUGCAAGAGAAGUUACACAGCUUCAGAGUGAGGUUGCCUAUAAGCAGAAGCACGGUGCCAACAGAGGAUUCCCGGAUUACGCCCACAUGAAGGAGCCACCUGAGGUCAGACAUGCCAUGGAGGUCAAUCAGCACCAGAGUAACAUUUCUUACAGAAAAGAUGUACAGGACACCCACACGUACAGUGCGGAGCUCAGCAGACCGGAUAUCCAGAUGGCAACUCAGAUCUCCAAGAUCAUAAGCAAUGCAGAAUAUAAGAGAGGGCAAGGAAUAAUGAAUAAAGAGCCUGCUGUAAUUGGAAGACCAGAUUUUGAACACGCUGUGGAAGCUUCUAAACUUUCUAGUCAAAUUAAAUACAAAGAAAAAUUUGAUAAUGAGAUGAAGGAUCAGAAGCAUCAUUACAAUCCUCUUGAAAGUGCUGCUUUUAGGCAAAGUCAGCUUGCUGCCACCCUGGCCAGUAAUGUGAAGUACAAGAAAGACAUUCAACAUAUGCAUGAUCCAGUUUCAGAUCUCCCAAAUUUGUUGUUUUUAGAACAUGCUUUGAAAGCCAGCAAAAUGCUCAGCGGUCGAGAGUAUAAGAAACUUUCUGAGGAAAACAAAGGAAUGUAUCACUUUGAUGCAGAUGCCGUGGAACACCUUCACCACAAAGGGAACGCCACCCUCCAGAGUCAGGUCAAAUACAAAGAGGAGUAUGAAAAGAAUAAAGGGAAGUCAAUGCUUGAAUUUGUGGAGACACCAUUAUACCAAGCGUCAAAGGAGGCUCAAAAGAUGCAAAGUGAGAAAGUUUACAGAGAGGAUUUUGAGAAGGAGAUUAAAGGAAGGUCAUCACUGGAUUUAGACAAGACUCCAGAAUUUCUGCACAUGAAGUACAUCACUGGCCUUCUGAGGGAGAAAGAAUAUAAAAAGGAUUUGGAAAAUGAGAUAAAAGGGAAAGGGAUGGAACUUAAUCCCGACGUUCUUGAUAUUCAAAGAGCAAGGCGGGCAUCUGAAAUGGCUAGUGCGAAAGAAUACAAGAAAGACCUGGAGUCAGAUAUUAAAGGGAGAGGAAGGCAAGUUGGUACCGACACCCCGGAAAUACAGCUUGCCAAGAAAGCUACGGAGAUGGCAAGUGAGAAAGACUAUAAAAGGGAUCUGGAGACUGAAAUUAAGGGGAAAGGAAUGCAGGUGAACACAGACACUCUUGAUGUCCAGAGAGCUAAGAAGGCAUCUGAGAUGGCCAGCCAGAAACAAUAUAAGAAAGACUUAGAAAGUGAAAUUAAAGGGAAAGGAAUGCAGGUGAGCAUGGAUAUCCCAGAUAUACUUCGAGCCAAGAGGGUGUCUGAAAUCUACAGCCAGAAAAAGUAUAAAGAUGAAGCAGAGAGGAUGCUUUGUAACUAUUCUAUUGUGGCAGAUACUCCUGAAAUUCAGAGAAUUAAGACAACUCAGCGAAACAUUAGUGGGGUAUUUUAUAAAAAAGAAGUAGGAGCUGGAGUAGCAGUAAAAAAUACACCAGAGAUUGAACGCGUGAAGAAAAACCAGCAGAAUAUCAGUUCAGUGAAAUACAAAGAGGAGAUUCAACAGGCAAUAGCCAUUUCUGAUCCUCCAGAGCUAAAGAGAGUGAAAGAAAACCAGAAGAACAUCAGCAAUCUCCAGUAUAAAGAGCAAAACUACAAGGCCACUCCGGUAAGCAUGACCCCAGAGAUAGAGAGAGUGAGGAGGAGCCAGGAGCAGCUGAGUGUGGUAAAAUACAAAGGCGAGAUGAAACAGGCCACUGCCAUUUCCGAUCCUCCAGAGCUGAAGAGGGUGAAGGAGAACCAGAAACACAUCAGCAAUGUUCAUUAUAAAGGUCAACCAGGAAGACCUACUGCUUUAAGUGUAACUCCUGAAAUGGAAAGAGUAAAGAAGAAUCAAGAAAAUAUUAGCUCGGUAAAAUAUACCCAGAGCCAUAAACAGAUGAAAGGUAGACCAAGUCUGAUUUUAGAUACACCUGCCCUGAGAUAUGUUAAAGAAGCACAAAAUCGUAUUUCCAUGGUAAAAUACCAUGAAGAUUUUGAGAAGACAAAGGGGAGGGGCUUCACCCCUGUGGUGGAUGAUCCUGUGACCGAGCGAGUGAGGAAGAACACCCAGGUUGUCAGUGACGCCGCCUACAAGGGUGUCCCUCCCCACAUUGUGGAGAUGGACCGGAGACCUGGCAUCAUUGUUGACCUCAAAGUUUGGCGCACAGAUCCUGGCUCCAUCUUCGACCUUGACCCCUUGGAAGACAAUAUUCAGUCUAGAAGUCUGCGUAUGCUUUCCGAAAAGGCAAGUCACUAUAGGAGACAGCGGUCUCGCUCUCACUCCAGCAGCACUUUUGGGGCAGGUCUGGGAGACGACAAGUCAGAGAUCUCUGAGAUUUACCCUAGUUUUUCAGGCUGCAGUGAGGUAACCAGGCCAUCUGAUGAAGGAGCACCCGUGCUUCCUGGAGCCUAUCAGCAAAGCCACCCGCAAGGCUAUGGGUACAUGCACCAGACCAGCGUGUCCUCCACACGGUCACUGCAGCAUUCACCGAGUCUAAGGACCUACCGAGCCAUGUACGAUUACAGUGCCCAGGAUGAAGACGAGGUCUCGUUCAGAGAUGGCGACUACAUCGUCAACGUGCAGCCCAUCGACGACGGCUGGAUGUACGGCACGGUGCAGAGAACUGGGAGGACGGGGAUGCUCCCAGCCAAUUACAUUGAGUUUGUUAAUUAAUUACUUCUCCUUGCCCUUUGAGCUUUAUUCUGAUGUAUUCUACACUGAAUCUUUUUAAAAGAUAGACAAUACUUUUAAGACAACUUGGCAGUUAUUUUACAAUAAUGUAUCCUUACUUUGACAAUUAGACACACAGGUGCACCAGGAAGAGGGAAUGACUUCUGGGCUGAAAACAGCAGCAUUUUCAGUAAUUCCUGUAAACAAAAAUCAUUAACGUCUGGAGACCUGGUGCUGCUAAUUGUGUUUGUGGUUUCCUUUGAUUGGCAAUUGAACCCUUCUGGGAAAAUGUAUUUUUGUAGACUUUAAUAGAGACGUUGAUUGUCCUUUACAUGUAACGCGUAUAUGAAAUUACCUAUUUGUCAACUUUGGAAUCACCAGAAACCAAUUCUCUUAACUCAGUAACACAGCCAAUGAUUUAAAACCUGUUUAGUCUUUUCAGUCAUGAGAAAAUUUCCAACGCAAGUGAAAAUUGCCCAACAUAAUAAACAUAAGCAAUGGCAGAAUGACAGUCUGGUUAAAAUUAUAUUGACUGGUGGCCCUAGGGAUCUAGAAACUUCUGCCAAACAGAGAAACUUUCUUGUUCCUCAGGCCAAUUGGGGUCUAUUUAUUUCUCAUUUGUACCAAGGCCUCUCCUACUCUCCAUUGAUUUACAUUCUAUGAAUCCAAGUAGAUGCUCAUUUCCAUAGAUUGUCAGGACCAAAUAUCUUCACUGCUACUCUGCAGAAGGCAAAUGUUAAUGUCAUCUAUAUAAUUUCCCUAGUAGCCUUUACCCUGCUGCAUGUCGUGUAUUUUUAGGCUUCUGUAACAUAGGCAGCUGCACUGCCCACUCCUGUUAUUAAAGCAAAAAGGGUGAUGUCCCUAAAAGCCCUUUCAUCUAGCGGCCAGCUCAUCAGAAACAUCUAUUUUGAAAAUCUGCUUGAGAUUUUCCUGCUGCAUUGCACUCUAGUUUUGAAGGAUUUACACCUUAGGAUAUACACAUAUACUCUAGUCAAUAAGUGAUUUAGGUGUUUACUGAACAGCUUUCAUUAAUGUAAUGCCACCAUUGAUUUCAACAUAAAGAAAAUUUACAGGAGCCGGUGAGAGAAUGGACUAUGGAGUGUAUUAAGGGUAGAGGGGAAAUCUCAACAAAGGAAAGCUACCGACUCCACAUAGGGAUGGUCUGGUGUCUUAUUUUGGCAGAUGGUGUUCAGAUUCUGGAAUGGAAAUCUAACCCCAGACCCUGGUUAAUCAAAAGACUUCCCUUCCACUUUCUGACUUUUAUUUUUCUAAAUCACCUCUAGGCAGCAAGAUACGAAUGUAUGAGAGAUUUUUAGUACAGGACCAACAGGCUGUUCACUAAGAAAGAAACCGUCAUGUUUUGAUUUUCAAAGGAGUGACUUUGCAGGCUUAUGCUAGAGUCACAGCCACAAGUGGCUUAGAAUUUGCUGGUAGGGCUCAAAAUUUCACCCGGAGCUUGAAGUCAAGGUCAUCAAGACAUUGUGGCCCAAAGACAAUUCUGUAUUUUUCUGAUCCUUUAUUGUGACCUGCAACAGGGUAGCAUUCAUACAGGGUCUGACUUUAUAGUUGGGAUAAACUGAAAAAGCAAAGUUACAAAAGUGUAUUAACAUGCGUGCAUCUUGGGGAUAUCCACCUUGGAUGGUAUGGUCAAAGAAAUUAGCAACAUCCUGUCAGACAUCUUUUCUUGAAAUGUUUACUUGUCCAAAGGCCAUCACUGAUUCAUUUACACCUUUGAAAAGUUGGCACGCACUUUUGAGAAUUUGGCACUCUCUACAAUUGAGACUCUGUAGUUUUAUUUAUUAGGCUAAAGGAGCAAAUAAGCUUUAUUACACUAAAGCUGUAUCUAUGUGACACUGACAUUAAAUGGCAAAGAGAAAAAUUCAACCACACAACCUGAGAUUUUUUUUUUUGAGAGGGCUUUACAGAUUACCAAAUAACCAGCUUGACUGAUUUUUCUCUCAUUGAAAUGGCUAGUUACAAUAAAUUGAUUAACCUCAUCUCUGUUUCACUGUCUUGUAUAGAAACCUAGACAAACGUAUAAUAUUUUUGCAAAAAUCUGUGUAUUUAAACUGGAUGAAAUACACUUGCUCAAUUUUCUUAUAUUAAAUAUGUAAUUAUAUAUCACCCAGGCAGGCUACUUUUUGUGAUUACAAGGAAGAGCAGUUGUUGAUUAAUUUUUCCAAGUAAAUGUUGGACCAGUAUAAUUUCUUAUUCAACAGCACAUUUGUGAGAAGUGCAAAGAAAACUGACUUGUAAUAGUAUUUGGAAUUGGAGAAGUUACCAUAAAGUAGCAGCUUGGUAUUUCUUGUUUUACUCCUUCACUGAUUUCCAAAUCAGGCUCAUCAAAUAUAAAAGUCAGUACAUAUUUGGGUACUAAAUUUCCAAAAAUUCUAUGCUUCACUUAUGUUGGCAUAGCAAGAUGUUUCUGCUUCAAACCUUUAGGAAUUAAGAUCUGCUCAGCAUUUAAUUAGAGGGUAGUUAUUUUGCAGUGAAGACCAAGGCAGAACAAGUCACCACAUGUUUUGGGGGUCAUAAUUUGAUAGUGUUGGCAAUCAUUCCU